AUGCAUAUCGUGGAACUCAUCCUGGACGGUUUCAAGUCCUAUCCGGUACGAACUACGAUCAGUGGAUUCGAUCCCUCCUUCAAUGCGGUCACCGGUUUAAACGGGUCCGGAAAAUCGAACAUCUUGGACGCGAUUUGUUUUGUGCUAGGGAUCACCAAUUUGUCCGCCGUCAGAGCCAACAACCUCCAGGACUUGAUUUACAAACGUGGUCAGGCUGGCGUAACCAAGGCCAGUGUGACGGUGGUAUUUGAUAAUCGAGAUAAAACCAAGUCGCCACUCGGAUUUGAGCAGUAUGCUGAAGUAACGGUCACGCGACAGAUAUUGAUGGGUGGAGCGACAAAGUAUCUCAUCAAUGGACAUCGAUCAACCCAGAACUCGGUACAAAAUCUCUUUCAAUCAGUCCAACUCAACAUCAACAACCCUAACUUUUUAAUCAUGCAAGGCAGGUUUUCAUUUCAGAGAUGCAAAAUCACGAAAGUGCUGAAUAUGAAGCCCCAGGAAAUCUUGGGAAUGAUCGAAGAAGCGGCCGGGACUAGUAUGUUUGAAGAACGGAAAGAGAAAGCAGUCAAGACCAUGGCGAAAAAAGAUAAAAAGAUGGAGGAAAUUCAGGACCUGUUACGCGAGGAAAUUGAACCCAAGCUAAACCGACUAAGGGAGGAAAAACGAACUUACCUUGCCUAUCAACAAAACGAAGCCCAACUUGAAAUCCUAACGAGACUGUGUUUGGCCUGGGAUCACUUUCAAGCCAACCGAAAGCUACAAGACAUUAUGGCUCAGAUUGACGGGAAGAACGAAGAAAUCCAUCAGGUUGAAGCAGACCAAGAUCGAUUGAACAAAGAAAUCCGGACGAUUGACGAAGAGUCUGUUCGGAUUAAUCGAAAGAUGGAACAAGAAUCCAAGAAAGGCGGCAAGGUUGAAAAACUUGAAAAAACCCUCACUGCACUUUCGACCGAUGUUGCUCGGCUCAAUACCCAAGUCGAGCUUAGCCAGAAGACCUGGACGGAGGAGCAAACCAAGGUGAAGGAGUUGAUCAAGGCUGAAAAAGAUCUGUCGGCCGUUCUAGAGACGAAAAAAGCACAGGCUACCGAUUUGAACAGUAAAUUUACUCAACUCAAGACGGAGUUUGAUAACUCGACGCUUGACCUAAAGAAGGCUGAAGAGUUGUUACAAACUCUAGUGACUGGCUUGACGAACGAUGACUCUGAGGGAGCUAAUGCAGGCGGAUAUAUGGGACAACUGGCGAACGCAAAACAACAAGUAGCUGAUCUCGCAUCUGAAGCUGAGCAAGCUCGUGUUAAGAUCGGUCACUUGACCAAAGAACUCAAGGAGAAAGAACCGAAGGCUAAAAAACUCGAGAAGGAAGGUGGCGGUGCCGCGUUUGAGCUGCAAAAGGCCCAGUCGGAAAAGAAGCAGUUGGAGCAGACGCUUGAAAAAAUCGAUUGGGAUGAGAAUGCCGAAGUUACUCUCAGACAACGCCGGGACGAAGAAUCUGAGAUUGUAUCAAAACUUACCGCCGAUGUUAAUCAUAUCAAAAGUCGGCUAAGCCAAUUAGAUUUCACAUACGCAGACCCCGUGAGAAAUUUCGAUCACUCGAAAGUCAAAGGACUCGUCGCCCAGCUGAUCACGAUCGACCCCUCCAGCCUGAAUCAAGUUACAGCUCUAGAAGUCUGUGCAGGUGGUAGGCUGUAUAACGUCGUGGUGGAAGAUAAUCAUACCGCAUCGCAACUACUAGAUAACGGUCGGCUGACACGUAAAGUAACGAUGAUCCCACUAAACCAGAUACGCGCCUUCGUUGCUUCCGCUGGACAACUGAACUCGGCAUCCAAGAUCUCCAACAAUUCGGCCAAACUAGCGCUUCAAUUAAUCGGGUACGAUGCCGAUGUUUCCAAAGCCAUGGAGUUUGUAUUUGGUAACACUUUGAUCUGUCCGGAUGCUCAGACUGCAAAGCAAGUGACUUUUGAUCAAAAUGUAAGGAUGAAGAGUGUCACUUUCGAUGGCGAUAUUUACGAUCCUUCUGGGACUUUAUCCGGUGGCUCCAAACCUUCUACCUCUGGAAUUUUGAUCAAAGUCCAAGAGUUGAAAAAGGUUGAAAGUCUCUUGCGGCAGCACCAAGCCAACUUGCAACAGAUUGAGGAGGAAUGGCAGGCGGCUAAGUCGAAGAUUGCCAAAUUUAACCAGGCGAAAAAAGAUUUGGACCUUAAGUCACAUGAAGUCAGCCUGUUGGAAGAAAGAGUGAAAGAAAGUAACACAACUCGGAUUAUUUCUGAAGUAGCCACGAUUAAGAAUACACUAACAGAAUUGAACACCUUGAUUGCGAAUUGCAAGCAAAAACAAAAUGCUGCUGAAGCCGAAUGUAAACGCCUACAAAAAGAGAUGGACGAUUUCAAAAACAAUAAAGAUUCCAAGUUAAAACAAAUCAAGGCCGACAUUAGUCAAAAGAAGGCAAACAUGAGCAAUACUUCAAGCACGGUGAAGGCUAUGCAGAGAGAGGUUCAAGGGGUCGACAUGGAAAUCGAACAACUGGUCAGUGAUGUCUCGGCGGCAAAGAAAGAAGUGGAGGAGGCGGCAGAGGCAGUUGGGGCUGCCAAGUCAGAGCAUGAAGGCUUGAAAGCCAAGCUGAAACAAGCCAAAGAAGAGCAUGCGCAGGCGGACUUGGAAUACAGACAAGAAACAAAACGAUUGGAUGGAUUCCGACGAGAAUUGGCCGAUAUGGAGAAGGCUAAACAGGCCAAAUUGGAAGCGAUCGGCCAAGUCGAUUCGACCAUUUCGACUCUGCGUCAUAAGAUUGACUCCUUCUCGCGUGAACGCAAGGGUGCACAAGAUGCUAUCGAGCGAAUCGAGAACACAUAUGAAUGGGUUGCCGGAGCCAAAAAGUUGUUCGGUCAAGCCGGAGGUGAAUUCGACUUUUCUGCCCAUCGGAUGAAGGAUAAAAAGUCGGAGCUGGAAAGACUUGAAGCCGACCAACACAAGAUGCGGAAAAAAGUCAACCCGAAAGUGCUUCAUAUGAUUGAUAGGCAUAAACGAGAGAAAGAGCUUACUGCAAAACAUUCAACAGUCAUCAAAGAUAAAGGGAAGAUCGAGGAAACCAUUGCCAGAUUAGAUGAAUACAAACUUGAAGCCUUGACAAAGGCAUGGGUUACGGUGAAUGGAGAAUUUGGGCACAUUUUUGACACUCUCUUACCAGGAAACUGGUGUGAAUUACAGCCCGCCGAGGGGAUGACGCUUUCGCAAGGCUUGGAGGUAAGAGUGCGACUGGGGUCGACAUGGAAAUCGAGUCUGACAGAGCUCAGUGGUGGACAAAGAUCCUUAAUCGCUCUCUCCUUGAUCAUGAGUCUUUUGAAGACUCAUCCGUCGCCGAUCUAUGUCCUUGAUGGCACGUCGAUUCAUCUCAUGGAAGAUGUUCACCUCUCGACCUCCGACUGA